CAGCGUUGGAAGCCCAGAUUGAAGACUUAAAUGCAGAAUUGUUACGCAUGAGGACGAGACAGCCCAAUCCCGAGAUGAACAGGGAUGAGCGUGAGGAAGAAGAUCACAAUAGCAACAUUAAUCCUCGGAGGGAGGAUGACCGCCAAGGAGAUCUGAGCAGAAUUAUUGCCGAGCUGGAGAGAAGGUGCACGGACAUGGAGAUGGAAAGAAAGGACAAAGGCAGAUCCGUAAUGGUGGACAAGCUCCUAAUGGGUACAGACUCACCCUUCACCAGACGGGUGGCAGACUAUCAGCUUCCCGAUAAGUUUAAGGUACCCCAAAUUCUAAGUUAUGCAGGAGACAGAGAUCCCUUGGAUCACCUAGAGAAUUUCAAAGCUCAUCUAGACCUUCACGGGACACCCGAUGAAGUAGCAUGUCGGGCCUUCCCUCUUACUCUUUCGGGGAAUGCCCGAGACUGGUUCAGGAAGCUGCCCCCGAAUUCCGUUGAUCAGUUCAAGGAAUUGUCCAAGAUAUUCCUAACGGAGUUCUUGGCUUUCCGGACAAGGAAGAAGCCUUCGGGAUAUUUGCUAUCAUUGCACCAGCAAGGCAAUGAGAGUCUUAAGGAGUUUAUGGCUCGGUUCAACCGAGAGAAGGCUACGGUCGAAGAUCCGACCGAGGAUAUGAUUUUUGCUGCCAUUUAUCAGGGAAUUUCACCCGAGGAGCCUUUGAUGAAGAAGUUGAUCCGGAAGCAACCGAGUACCUUGCAGGGCCUCAUGGAUAAGGUAGAAGAAUUCAUCAAUCAGGAAGAGACGCUGAAGUCUAUGGCCAGUUCUAGACUACCCCGAGAGACAGCCCCAGAAAAGAAAAGGAAAGAACUCAAGAAAGCUGAUUGGGAAGAGCAGAGGCAGGUAAAGAAGUUCAAAGAUUACAACUUUACACCUCUCAAUGCCGAGAUAUCAGAAGUCCUCAUGGAGAUCAAGAGAGAUCCGGCGUUUCGGGAACCACAAAAGAUACCAGAAGAAUUCAUAAAGAAUGGCAAGCUAGUUCGGUUCUUGGGAGAGCGACGGAACCAUCCAGGAAAUAACAGGCCUCGGAAUCAUCAGGACUAUCAGCCCCGAGAUCAACAGCCACGGGAUUAUUAUCCCCGAGACCGUCCUCAGCUAGACGAAAGGCCUCAAGAGAAUGCUCCCCGAGAUGACAUAGAAAGAAGAGAGGACCGAAGAAGCAGAAGCCCACAGCAUAGAGAGCCGAGGCAACAACAGUAUCUGCCCGUGAUCCCAUAAAAAGGACUCUCGGGAAUUUCAGGCUUGCUUUUAUUUUUUAGUAUUUAUAUUUGCAAAGAACUAGAAUUUUAUUUUUAAUUCAGACUAGACAGAAAAUUCCCCAGAUUUUGGGAAUAAGUAUUUUCAGAAUAAAUGAAUAAAGCUGACUUAAGCAUCGGAGUGUUCCCGGUCUAAGGACCAGGAACCCGUUGAUGUUGUUUCUUUUGCAGGCAAAAACUUCUCGGAUCAGUCCUUGCCGAGAAGGAGCCUCU